AUUAAUAAAUAUGAAAUUAAUAAAAUACUCCCAAACACUGUUGCUUAAGAGUAUUGCCACAGAAAUAAAAGGUCAUAUCCAUCCCACGACAUAAAUAUAAAAAUAUUCUAUUACAACUCCGUGAUGUUACUUAACUGUUGUAGUGGUGACCAAAUAAUCUACUCAAGUACUAUAACUAAAAUAUGUUGCUAUUGUGUUUCAGAGGCAAACAUUUGUAUGUUUUACUUCACUGCAUUUAACUGGAAGGGCAGUUGUAACCGGUCACCUAACCAACAUAGUACAUUAUUAAAGAUACUCCAAAUGGUAUAUUCUUAUGUCAUUAAGUAACUAGCAACAGUAUAUUAAAUAAAAAACAGCUCCACCUUAGAGCAAACUAGAAAAUAAUGAAAUAAUGUGAAAGGCUGUGGUUGGAGACUGCAUGCCUGUGAUGCUGUCGUGAUGGCGCCCAGUGAUGUCUUACAUCAGUGGGCAGUAUAUUGAAGUGUGUGUGCUGUAGAUAUUCAUCAUCAUGGACGGUAAUGUCAGAAUGACCACCACCAAUCAGUCCGUGGGAGCGCUCCUCAGGCGACAGCGCAGCCGCCAGUUUAUUCAGCCCGCUGCACAUCAGCCCGUCGGUCCAGGAUAUACUGUGCGCCGAUUGGCCCAGACACCCUCGAAUGAUCUGCUCGGAAUUUACACUGAAUGAGGGAAUGUGUUGCUCAACAUACUAGCAGGGGAAGAGGAUGCAUUUUGGGGAAUGUUUGCGAUAAAAAUGGACCUGAACGGAUCGGGGGCAAAUAAAGUUAUCUGCUCUGCUGACGUGACCGGGACCCGGCGAGUGUAGCGCAAAAAAUCGGGAAACUGUGUAAGAGUUUGUGGCUGAGAGGCCCUGCAGUGCGCAGGUGGAUCACGGCCAGACACAGCAGUGAGGUGAAGAUGGGAGGUGGAGGCCAGCUGACGGAGCAAGGGGAGACGGGCAGCAAGCGAGCCGGAUGCGUUUACACCUGGGAGGAGGUGCAGAGCCACAGCAGCAGGACCGACCAGUGGCUGGUCAUAGAUCGGAAAGUUUACAACACUACUCAGUGGGCCAAAAGACACCCAGGAGGGUUUCAUGUCAUCAGCCACUAUGCUGGACAGGACGCCACGGAGGCAUUUACUGCUUUUCAUCCCGACCUAAAGUUUGUCCAGAAGUUUCUGAAGCCCCUGCUGAUUGGAGAACUGGCGGCAACAGAGCCCAGCCAGGACCGAAACAAAAAUGCAGCACUCGUACAGGAUUUCCACACUUUACGUGUCAAGGCAGAGAGCAAGGGUCUGUUUCAAGCUCGGCCUUUGUUCUUCUGCCUCCACCUGGGUCACAUUGUGCUGCUGGAGGCCCUCGCCUGGUUGAUCAUAUGGGUCUGGGGAACCAACUGGAUACUCACAUUUCUCUGUGCACUCUUGAUGACAAUUGCUCAGUCGCAGGCUGGUUGGCUGCAGCACGACUUUGGCCACCUGUCUGUCUUCAAGCAGUCCCGCUGGAAUCACUUGUUGCAAAAGUUUGCUAUCGGCCAUUUAAAGGGAGCUUCUGCCAACUGGUGGAAUCAUCGACAUUUCCAGCAUCAUGCUAAAACAAACAUUUUCAGAAAGGACCCUGAUGUCAACAUGUUGAACAUCUUUGUAAUUGGUGCCACUCAGCCGGUUGAGUAUGGCGUAAAAAAGAUCAAACAUAUGCCCUACCAUCGCCAACACCAGUACUUCUUUCUUGUGGGACCCCCACUGCUCAUUCCGGUUUACUUCCAAAUGCAGUUAAUGAACAGUAUAAUCUCCCGCCAUGACUGGGUGGAUCUGGGUUGGUCCAUGUCCUACUAUCUUCGCUUCUUCUGCUGUUACAUACCCAUGUAUGGCCUGUUUGGCUCCAUGGCCCUCAUCAUCUUUGUCAGGUUUCUGGAGAGUCACUGGUUUGUGUGGGUGACUCAGAUGAAUCAUCUGCCGAUGGACAUCGACCAUGAGAAGCACAAGGACUGGUUAACCAUGCAGCUACAGGCCACCUGUAAUAUUGAGCAGUCCUUCUUCAAUGACUGGUUCAGCGGACACCUCAACUUUCAAAUCGAACAUCAUCUGUUUCCUACUAUGCCGCGCCACAACUACCACCUGGUGGCCCCACAGGUCCGUGCACUGUGUGCGAAAUAUGGGAUUACUUAUCAAGUGAAGACUAUGUGGCAAGGCCUCGCUGAUGUCUUCAGGUCACUGAAAACCUCAGGAGAACUCUGGCGCGAUGCAUAUCUCCAUAAAUGAGAGGUUAUUCCCUACAGUGUACCUAAAGGGAAUAAUGUUUUCUGCUCUUCCGCAUCACUAAUUGAUUGUAUCUGUUUGGUUUUAUGAUCCGGUAAAGUGUGGGAAUGUUCUAUUCUUUACAUUGGUGUUAUUGUUAUUGUUAUGUUAAGUGAUGGCUCACCUAUCAGAUUGUGUGCAGGAUUUAUUUUGGUGUUCAUAUUAUCCAGAUUACCUUACAGUAGCUCAAAAGAAAAGUAACACAUACAACAAUGAAAACUGAUUGUGAGUUAUGUAAACUGAUGUUUUAGUUUUUAUCUAUCAUGUGAUACCGUUUGAACAAUAAAAAAAUGACAAUUACGCUGACAAAUGAAAACUCUGAUGUAACAGCGUUAAAUGUUCUGCACUUGUAAUUGUCUUAAAUCAACAAAAAAAAAACGCUUUUCUUCUGAUACAACAAUAAAGAAACUUUUUUUCGGC